UAAAGAAUUCAAAUAGGCAUUUUAGGAAAGUGCGUACAAAAUUCGGUGGAAAGGUUCAAGCUGUCUUGGUGCCGAUUCGGGAAACGAAGGAAAGGAUGAUUGAAACGUAUAUUUAUGGCGUGAGAGUGACGCGUGCCGAUUGAAAUUAAAGGUGGCGGCUGAUGAAUGUAGGUGAUGAUAGAUGUGCCGGUAUCGUUGUCGCGGAGUGUGACCUAUCGCCAGCGCGUUUCCGCCAGCGCGUCCUCACGUCCGUUGACGCAAUAUAAAUAAAUAAAGUGAAAAACGUGAGACAAGAUCGGAACGCAGAGAAGAAGUCGCAAUGAAUCACGCCGCGAAGUUCUACAAGCUAUUGGCGGUUUUAUUCUGCUAUGAAGCCUGCUGCUACAGCUUGAUGCUGGAGGAGGACAAAGAACCGAAUUAUUAUACUGCCGGAGUAGGAGAGUACGCGGUGUUUAAUUGCGAUCUUGACUUCCCGCAUGAGACGCCGAUUCCAUAUAUUCUUCAAUGGAAUCGCGAUACCCGUACAGUGUUCUCUUGGUAUGAUGGACACGUCACGGUGGACAACAGUUACAAGGGUCGUAUACAUUUGUUGGACGAUGCCGGUCAUCGCGGAUAUGGCCAGGGUAGCAUAAAUCUUACGAAUAUUCGCGAAAGCGACCAAGGCUGGUACGAGUGCAGGGUAAUCUUUCCGAACCGAACGCCGAAUUCAAGAAACAAUGGCACGUGGUUUCAUCUCGCCAUUGACGGUAUGUCGCCGUUUCCGACAACUGUUGCAGGUGAGACUCUACUUGCGAUUCCACCUGUUAAUAAAACUGCCAUGGAAGGCGACACGGUUAUGUUCGAGUGUGUCGCGAAGGGAGAAGGUACAAUCGUAAGCUGGUUUCGUGAAGGAGUAUCGAUCCCAGAAAUACAGGAUCUCAGAAGAAGAGCUUCUAUUGGUACUGAUGGAACAUUGACUAUAAAAUCAGCUGCCAUGGGCGACCUUGGGGAAUACACUUGCAUGGUAACUGGAGAGACUGGAGAUCAGCAAAGCGCAUCGGCCUUUCUCAAUGUACAAUAUAAGGCGAAGGUGAUCUAUGCACCGCGAGAAGUUUACCUUCCCUACGGAAAACCAGCCCUCUUGGACUGCCACUUCAGGGCAAAUCCACCCCUAACGAAUCUCCGUUGGGAGAAAGAUGGAUUUCUCUUUGAUCCUUACAACGUGCAAGGGGUCUUCUAUAGGAGGAACGGAUCUCUCUAUUUUAGUAAAGUGGAUGAGACGCACUCGGGAAGUUACAGUUGUACCCCUUACAAUGAACUAGGCACCGAGGGGCCCAGCCCCUUGAUUACUGUGAUAGUUCAAAGGCCACCAAUGUUCACGGUAACACCGCAACAUCUAUACAUGCGAAAGCUGGGCGAGAACUUAGAAAUUCCUUGCGAUGCCAGAGAUGGAGACGACUCACAUCGACCAACCAUCAUGUGGUAUAAAGAUGGAGCGCCUUUAUCACUUGAAAGAACCGUCAUAAUAGGCGGUAAUCUGACAAUAGAAAGGAUUCAGGAACAUGAUCGAGGAUUAUAUCAAUGUGCAGCCAGCAAUGAGGCAGCGACGGUUGUCGCGGAUACUGAAUUAAUGGUGCUAAAUGUACCACCUAGAGCGCCAUAUAACUUGAGCGCUAAUAGUAGUAAGAAUGCCGUCACUUUGACAUGGAUACCUGGUUACGUUAGACCCAAAAUGGAAUAUUCAGUAUGGUACAGACCCACGGAUACGUCGGAAUGGAGAACCAUGAAAAUUCUUUCUAGAAAAAUUACAGAAGCAACGGUUAAUAAUCUCAACUCAGGACGAGAAUAUGAAUUCAUGAUAUUGAGUCAGGAUAAACACGGCGAUGGAAUGUUUAGCAAGGCGCUUCGAAUAUUCACUCAGCCGAGUUCCAUCGAUGAGAACUCAGCGUCGGAAUAUCGCAGUCAACAAGACACUGAGAUCAUGGGGCCGCCGCGCAACGUGAGAGUUCAAGCAACGGUUGAGGGUUACUUGGUCACUUGGGAACCACCCGAUCUAGGCAAGAAUCUAGUUAGACUUUACACUGUGAGAUGGUAUAGAGGACCAUCUGAACAUUUAUAUGGCAGAGCAGAAACAACAGACACUUAUUAUCUAGUAAAAACUUUGGAGGAAGAAAGUUUUUAUACUUUCGAAGUGGCAGCAAUGUCACUUAUAGACGAUGUUGCAACCAGCGAGCGAGUCAGUCUGGAAGUACCCGCUUAUCGUCGCAACAGAGCAAUUUCUAUGGGAAUCGUCGCUGGUAUAGGUUUUUUAGCAGCCGCUCUGGCCGCUGUGUGGUGGGCAAGAAAACGAUUUUGUCAGCCAACUAACGAGAAGUAGUCAAACGAAGAUAGUAUGCGAUUUCGUAAUCGAUUAUAAAUAUGUCGCUCAUGAAUGACAUCAAUUAGAAAAAAAAAAUAGCGACGAUGUUAUCUGUAAAGAAAAAACCAUUUUAUAAAAUGUGAAAUUAUUUUUGAUGAUAUAAUCCAAACUUUCGCUCAGGCAAAAAUACAUAAAACAAGAAACACAGAAUCCUGUUAUAUAUACAGUGAUGAGAUGAAAAAUACAGACGUUCUUGAAUCAUUCGUUCCAAGAGCCUAUGCCAUUUUAUUUGCCGAGCUCCGCGUUACUACUGAGUGUUCUUGCAUCGCUAAUUAUCUCAUACUUUGUAUGUCGUUUAACAGCUUUAUUAAGUAAUUGCACGUUAUAAAUGGCUAGAUUUCAUACGCGAACUGCAGGUCGUCGACCGUCGAAUAUGAGAUCGUGAAUUAAGAGAAAUCGCGUAUGCUUAUUAUA